AUGCCGCCAGAAGAUAAAGAAAACUGCAGAAUUAUAUGGAAGCUGCGAGAACAGUCACAGAGAAAUCGCCAAAAAGCUGUUAGGAAUAUAAUUGAGAAUACGCCUCCAAGCUCUCCGUCUAUUCUGCAAGAAAUAAAUCCCGAAGAUCAACUUCAACCGACGACACCACCUCCCACUCCUGCCUUGUCUUCGAAAAAUGAGAAGAUUAGAGGCAGAAAAAAAGUUCGACGAAACAGGUCUAAAUUAUAUAGAGAAAAUGUAAAAUUGCAAUCUGAAAGCAAGAAGUGGAAGAAAAAGUUUGAAAAAUAUAAAAAGAGAGCUCAUCGGAGAGAAAAAGAAUUAAUUAAAGUAAAAGAAAAAAGGAACGGCAAAAAAAUGCUAAAAAACAUUUUCGCGAAACUUGGUGCGCAAAAGCAUAAAAUAGUAAAAGACUGUUUGGGCUUACAAGGAAGACUCAGAACAAGUAACAAGCGUAAUUCAGAUAGAGAGCUGACAAAAAAAAUUAAUAGCAUGAUGUAUCUAGAAAUACUGCCGGCAAAAAAGAAACCAUCACUAAAGGCAAAGAAAAGGUGCAAAAACGUUACACCAACAGUUGAUGGAAGGGAUAUGUGCCUUUGUAAAGUACAUACUAAUGCAGCAGCUAAGAUAAAGGCUCUAAAACAAAAAAGAGUUAUUAGUGCUUUAGAUCUAAGCACACUGAUAUCAGAGACAGUCUGUGACAGCACUAAAAAAGAGUGCAUGUUUGGUACUUGUAAUCAGUGUCGGGAUAAGGAAUUCAAGAUAAAUAGUGACAGUGUUCGAGGCAAAAUACAGUGGUUUGAAUGGGUGAGGGAACAGGAAAUCUAUCUGAAAAACGACAAGAAAUUUAAAGCUGUAAAGAACGUGAAGAUACUUAAAGAAGAUACUAAAGAAAACAUGGUCAAGAACUUUCAAGAAGAACUGAAGACUAUAAAGAAACAUAUUUUUAAUAUGAAAACUCAGUUUAAAAAUUUUCGCCAAUGUGUUGAUGAGAUCAGAGCAAACGAAGCUGUGAUAUUAGUCGAUUUCAGCGAAAAUUAUAAUUGUAAAUGUACAGAAGAAAUUCAGGCGCAUCAAUUUAGUGGCUCUCGUAACCAAGUCACUCUUCACACAGUUGUGGUUUACGUAUAUGAUAAAGAUAAAAAAUAUGAAGCUUUAUCGUUUUGUACUAUUUCUCCAUGCAAUAUUCAUCAACCAGCUGCAAUAUGGGCCCAUUUGCAUCCCAUUUUGAUUAAGAUUAUCGAAAAUUACCCUGGAAUUGACACUAUUCAUUAUUUCUCUGAUGGCCCAUUUUCGCAAUAUCGUCAAAAAGCAAAUUUUUAUUUGGCCUGCACGAAAACAUUUAGCUACGGCUUCCAAGCUUUUAGCUGGUCAUUCUUUGAAGCCGGGCAUGGCAAAGGCCCUGCAGACGGUAUUGGGGGAUUCUUAAAAAGAGCAGCUGAUAAGAAAGUGGCAACAGGAACGGACGUUACUGAUGCUCUUCAAUUUUAUGAAGUUCUCAAAGAGUCGAGUAAAAUUCAGUUAUUUUAUGUAACAAAAGAAGAGAUCGACGGGAUUCAGAGGGACAUACCAAAGAAUCUUUUGCCUUUGCCCGGUACAAAAGAAGUGCACCAAAUAUUUUCAAAGAGCUAUGGCCAACUAAUGUCCAGAAAUUUGAGUUGCUUCUGUUCUAGAGGAUUAUGCGAAUGCUUGCGUCCCAAGUUAUACUCGCCGAUACCAGCUCCAAGGAACAUUCCAACCCCUGUCGACCCUGACGAAGACAUACCUCAAGAGAUGCCAUUAAGUCCUAUCCUAGCACCACUGGAAAAUAUUUACAACGACACAUUCAGCGAUGUUGACGUACCUUUAAAUAAUUUGCUAUCCUCGAAUAAAGACAACAUUACAUUCGCUGAAAUACACGAAGGUUUACGCAAGAGCAUCUACAAGAGUGUAUAUGGAUCGUCUGAUAGCUCUGACAAUGAAAAUGACACUACAGAGGAACCACAGCCAUCUACGUCAGGACAAAAGAAUUUAUUGCCUGGUGUAGGUGACUUUUUGCUGGUCAAAGUUUUGAAAUACACGAAGGUUUACGCAAGAGCAUCUACAAGUGUGUAUAUGGAUCGUCUGAUAGCUCUGACAAUGAAAAUGACACUACAGAGGAACCACAGCCAUCUACGUCAGGACAAAAGAAUUUAUUGCCUGGUGAAGGUGAGUUUUUGCUGGUCAAAGUUUACAGCACUAAAGGUAAAUCAUACGAUACAUAUGCGUGCAUUGCCGAAACCGAUAUCGAUGAAGACGGUGAAAUCAGAGUCACAUUCC